UUUGGUGGUAUCCGUAGAAAAGUAAGGCAACGUUGUGUUUGGUCCAUAUAUGAUGAUGAAGAACGCGUCUCAGUAAAACCUAUCUAUCUAUCUAUCUAUCUAUCUAUCUAUCCUGGAAAUUUCCGCGUCCACAAAAAAAUAUAGUCUUUUGAUUUGUCGAAACUUCUAUCAGGCGAAUUCGAGUUUCAUAGUUUUGGAGUUACCGGUGUAGUUUUUUGUCCAGCGAUUCCAUCUCUUUAGUUGAAACUUUACAAAAAUGGCUCGUCCACAAGACCUUCCACGCGGUUUCUUCCCUUUUGGAAACCCGUUCAAGAAUCUAUCUUCAAAGAACUCGGUACUGCCCUCAAAGCUUCUCUCACUCUUGAACACUUUUGAGACGAACUUAGCAUCCUCUGUUAGAAAUCUUGUCCCUAAGGAAAAGAGCCAAAUCCUUACUGUUUCAUGGAUGAAACUCGCCAUGGAAUCUCUUUGCGAGACACAUAACAGUAUCAAGACCCUUAUAACCGAUCUUGAGCUUCCUGUAUCAGAUUGGGAGGAUAAGUGGGUUGAUGUCUAUCUUGACAUUAGUGUGAAGCUCCUUGAUCUCUGCAAUGCCUUUAGCUCUGAGCUAACCCGUCUCAACCAAGGCCAUCUCCUGCUCCAGUUUGCUUUGCACAACUUAGAAGCAAACUCUCCUCAGAAUCUGUCGAAAGCUCAAUCAUCACUAGACAGCUGGAAGAAACAUAUUGGUUCCAAGAACCCGAGAAUCGAAAACUGCCGUGCAAUCAUGAGCAGUCUUGUUCAAACCUUGAACCUCCCCAAGGUGAAAAACUCGGCCAAAGGAAAAGUCUUGAUGCGGGCUUUGUACGGUGUUAAGGUUAAGACCUUAUACAUCAGUGGUGUAUUUGCUGCAGCGUUCUCAGGUUCAUCGCAGAAUCUGAUGUACCUUACUGUCUCAAACGAGCUUCCAUGGGCACAACCCUUCAUGGAAAUGCAGAACACCAUGAACGCAGAAAUCAAGAACAUUUUCUUAUCAGAGGGGCUAACGGUUCUGAAAGAGCUCGAGGCAGUUGAUUCAGGUGUUCAGAAGCUUUACCCUGCGAUCCAACAAGGGUCAGUAGAUCCCAUUUCGCUGCAACCGUUGAAGGACUCGGUCACAGCAUUAUCGGAUGGGCUAGAUCUUGUUUCGAAAGAAGUGGAUUGUUUCUUCAAGAUUCUGUUAUCGGGGCGAGACACAUUACUGGAGAACCUGAGGUCGAUGGGGGCAUCAACCAUAUUGGCAACAUCACCAAGAAAGGCUGCCGGAAAAAAGUUCUGAUAAACUGUGAUUGUUGUGUGUACAGAUGGUCUAACUUUAAGUGUUCCAUCUUGGUAUUGGAUGUAUUGUCAUUAGGGGUUUGUGAUAUUGUAGUCGUUUGUAUGAGAUGCUUUGAAGAAAGUACUAUUUGUAUAAGUAAAGGUAUUAUAAAACUUAUCUGUAAAACUCUAUAUUAUGUACA